AUGCAUAAACUGUUUGGAGGCAAGACCAUUGUAUUUGGAGGUGACUUAAGACAUAUUCUUCCAGUAAUACAAAGAGGAAACCGUACGGAUAUUGUGUGGGCAUCAUUGCAUUCAUCCAAAUUAAGGUGUGAAUGUACGGUUUUACGUUUAACAAUAAACAUGAGGCUUCAAGUUGGUUGUCAAACUAAUGAUUUGGAUGAGAAAAAAGUAUUUGCUGAAUGGAUUCGUAAAAUUGGUGAAGGUAGUAUUGGUGGUCGUAAUGAUGGUGCAGCUGAAGUAGAAUUUCCAGAAGAUGUUAGCGUUCGCUCUACACGCGACCAUAUCCAUUCAAUUGUAUCAAUUAUUUAUCCAGCAUCUGAAAACCAUCUUGAUGAUCCAUCAUAUUUUCAAGAUAAAACUAUUUUGGUCCCUACAAAUGAAGAGGUCGAUGCUAUCACUAACUACAUGUUAGAAUUGAUGAAAGAUGAAGGGAAAACUUAUUUGAGUUCAAAUUCUUUAUGUGAGACAUUCAACAAAUUGUUUUGA